GUUCAAGGGCACUGACUGUCUUGGUUUGCUGAUCCUUGUGGGGCAGCUGUAUCAAGACACUUGGUUUCUUCCUAGAGAAACACUCCCCCAUCUUUGUGUUUGAGGACAUUUGGUCUUGUGCCUGGAGACAGUCAGUUCACAAUCUUCAACAUUACACUGUUCCCAGUGUCAUGAAGACAGAUACUUCCUGUACAAAAAGCCCUGCAGAAGAUACUUGUAAACCAGAGAAGAUGUCCAAGUCCUUCAGGGAUAUUUCCAAAUACUUCUCUGAGGAAGAAUGGGCAAAGCUGACUAAAUGGCAGAAAAGUGCUUACGUGUUUAUGAAAAGAAACUACAUCAGAAUGACAGGCUUAGGGGUCAAAGUCAACCAACCAGUUUUCAUGCGUGGAAAGGAAUCCCUAAUGAAAGAAUCUGAUGAAGAUUAUGGUCAUGAAAGUGAUGAUGAACAUUCUGAGAGGAUAUUUGGCACUGUACAGACAAAAGGCCUGAAGAUGCAGAAGGAGGCAGGAUGGAAAGGAAAUUGCCAAAAGAGAGUGUCAGGUGUACAUGGCUCAGAAAGGGCUCAGAGAUGCCUGGACACCCAAGAGAAAGCAAGUGUGUCUCAGAGAAACAGUAAGAUGACAACAGGACCCAAGAGGAGUCAUGAGAGGGCCAGGAAACCAAGACUGCAAAAAAGAAAGCGUAUCCUAAUAUUUGAAGAAAGCAGUGAUGAUGACGAAAAUAACUAACCUGGGGAAAAGCUGGUGAGAAGAAUUUGCUGGUCUUUCAGUAUUAUAGGAACAACUCUGGAAUCCUAUAUGUCAAAUAAAAGGAAAAUUUCCUACAAUGAAG